AGGGUCUACUUCUUUUUCUUCUUAUGGCAACAGUGGAUGGCAUGAGGCCUCAAAACUGUCAAAAUGAUUCCAGUUUAUGUGCAACCACCCCAUCUAAAACACAAUAUGCAAUGUUAUAUUUAACAUUGACACUGGUAUGCAUCGGGUUAGGCGGUAGCCGCUUCACUUUGGCUACAAUGGGAGCUAACCAAUUUACAAAGGCUAAACAUCAAGAAACUCAUUUUAAUUGGUAUUUUUUUACAUUGUAUUUUGCUACUGUUAUCGCCAGCACAGCAAUUGUUUAUGUUGAAGAUAAUGUGAGUUGGGCAUGGGGAUUUGGUAUAUGCAUAAUGGCAAAUGUAUUGGGAUCAAUCAUUUUCUUGUUGGGAAAAAAGUAUUAUUAUUAUGAUACGCCACAAGGGAGCCCAUUCACAAGCUUGGCUCAGGUAAUUGUUGCAAGUUUUAGGAAAAAGAAGAUGGCUUUGUCUUCCCAAAGCCCUGACUAUUAUUACGGAGAUGAUCUGCAAAAAAAGAUUGAUGAACUACCUACAAACAGCUUCAGGUUACUGAACAAAGCAGCAGUCAAAAUUGAAGGAGACAUUCUACCAAAUGGCUCAAUUGCAAAGCCAUGGAAUAUUUGCACUGUGCAGCAAGUUGAAGACCUCAAAACUCUAUUCCGAAUCCUGCCGCUAUGGUCCAGCAGUAUACUUUUAUCGACCCCGAUUGGAAUUCAGGGAAGCUUAUCGGUUCUCCAAGCUCUAGCCAUGGAUCGUCAAUUGGGACCGCACUUCAAGUUCCCAGCAGGUUCCCUUCUAGUCUUCACACUAGUAACCACUGCAAUAUGCCUUAGUCUCUUUGAUCGUUUCCUAUGGCCAACAUGGAAGAAAAUCUUCGGGCGAAAUUCAACCCCACUUCAACGAGUUGGCAUUGGCCACGUGUUUAACAUGGCCAGCAUGGUAGUUUCAGCCUUGGUUGAGACGAAAAGGCGUGCCACCGCCCAUUCCCACCACAUUCAAGGUUCAGACAUGGUAGCCUUAUCGGUCUUGUGGCUGGUCCCUCAACUGGUUAUUGUGGGCAUUGGGGAAGCAUUCCACUUUCCAGGACAAGUUGCUUUGUACUAUCAAGAAUUUCCCUCUUCACUCAAGAGCUUGGCUACUGCAAUGAUUGCACUGGUAAUUGGAAUUGCCUAUUAUUUGAGCACCGCGGUGGUCGAUUUAUUUCGAAGAGUAACGACAUGGUUGCCCGACGACAUAAACAAUGGCAAUUUGGACUACCUGUAUUGGGUCGUAGCAGUGCUCGGGGUUAUCAACUUUGGAUACUAUCUCGCAUGCGCAUGCUUGUACGAAUAUAAAAAUAUCGACAAGGCAGAGACAGAUGAGAUGAAUGAUUGCACCGAAACUUUGACAGUAAAAAACUGAGAUCGAUUCAGUUGAACCUUUGACAGUUGAUAGAAUGUUUGGGAGCAAUGAUGAAUAAAAUCCUUCAGUCGUGUAAAUGAAGUUUUGUCGUGUACAAGUAAUUAUGGGACUGGCUGCACGCUUUGUGCUAGUGAACUUC